CAACAAUUUCAAUCUGGUUUUACCCAAUUGAACACUCCCAGAUUUAAAUGGCCGUCGGGUAAUAGACCCAGAUUUCUUUCAACCUCCGGUUCAUCAGAACCUGAGAAACCCCAAAACCCAAGUCAGUACCCAAGUCAAAACCCAAAUUUCAAGCACCAAGAAAUCGAAGGACCGACUGUGGAGCGAGACCUCUCUGAUUUGGGCAAUGAGACCCGAACAGUCCUUGAAGUGAUGGCCAAGAACAUGUAUAGUCUGAGCAGGACUGUGGCUGUUCUGGGUUUGGUUCAGCUCGGCCUUGGAGCUUACAUUUCAUACAUGACUCGGUCUUCGCCAAUACCCGAAGUAUCAAUUCAGAGCUUUUUGGCAUUCGGGUUUCCCUUCUCUUUGGCGUUCAUGUUGAGGCAGUCUCUGAAGCCAAUCUACUUCUUUAAGAAGAUGGAGGAGCAAGGUAGGCUGCAGAUUCUGACUCUUGCUCUUCAGGUUGCUAAGAAUUUAAAUGUUUUCUUCAUUCGGGUUCGUGGGGUGUCUGUCUUGUGUAUUGCUGGUUUGUCUGCUGGAGUUUUGUUCCAGCUUGCUUACAAGUUGACUUGAUUUUUGUAUGAGAUUGUUUUCAUGACUUGUGAUAUGAUUAAUAUGAACCUAUAUAUCAUAUGGAGAUUGACAUUGCA